AUGGCAGCUUAUCAUUCUCUCGCCUUGGUUUCAUUGUCAACAACAACAUUGCUUUUUAUUCUUUGUGCCUCUAGUUUCUCUUUGGUCUCAGCUCUCAAUGGUGGCUUCAGUGUGGACCUCAUUCACCGUGACUCACCAAAAUCACCCUUCUACAACCCUUCACUAACCCCAGCUGAGCGUCUGCGCAACGCCUUUCGGCGUUCCAUUAACCGAAUCAAUCACUUCAACCCAACAGCUUCACUCUCUCAGCAGGCUGGUCCUAACCAACCUGAGGCCACUAUCAUCAGCGAUAAUGGCGAGUACCUCUUGGAGUUAUCUAUCGGAACACCGCCCUUUCCAAUCAAAGGAGUUGCUGACACAGGUAGUGAUCUAAUUUGGACCCAAUGCAACCCUUGCGUAAGUUGUUACAAACAAAAAGAUCCUCUUUUUGAACCCGAAAAAUCCUCAACCUACAAAGCCCUUUCUUGCUCUUCAAGCCAAUGUAACUCUCUAAAUGGUACUUGCUCUAAUUUUGCCAGAGAAACCCUAACCCUAGAAUCCACCACUGGCAGAAAUAUAGCAUUCCCCAAAACCCUAAUUGGAUGUGGGUUUGACAAUAAAUUUUCCGCUGGUAGAGGUAGCGCGUCCGGCAUAGUAGGCCUUGGAGGUGGCUCAGAGUCCCUAAUUACCCAAUUGGGUUCUUCUAUUGAUGGAAAAUUCUCCCAUUGCUUGGUCCCAUUGGGUUCCGAAACCACAAGCAAGUUAAAUUUUGGUAGCAACGCUGUCGUUACAGGCACUGGAGUUGUGUCCACUCCUAUAGUCCAGGGCCAAGAUCCUAAAACCUUCUACUUCUUGACCUUGGAAGGUAUUAGUGUUGGUAACACAAGAAUUCCUUCUUCUUCCUCAUCAGCUUUCUCCUCAGGUGAAGGUAACAUUAUUAUCGAUUCUGGCACCACAUUGACCUUACUUCCACCAUUGGUAUACUCGGAUUUGGAAGCAGAAGUUGAUAAAGCCGUUGGUAGUUUGGAACGUGUGCAACUCCCCGGAGUUCCUUUGAAUCGUUGCUACAAGAUUAGUGAAUCCAGUUCUGAUGAUUUCAAUCCACCAACCAUCACCGUGCAUUUCAGCGGUGGUGAUUUGAAGUUGCCUCCGACUAACACCUUUAUUAGGGUCAGUGAGGAGGCUGUGUGCUUUGUUUUCAGUGCUUCUCCAAGUGUUUCAAUCUUCGGGAACCUGUCACAGAUGAACUUCUUGGUCGGAUAUGAUACUAAGGAGGGGACUGUUUCCUUCAAGCCAACUGACUGCACCAAGCAGCAGUAA